GGUCCGCCAUUAAGAAAAAGAAGAAGAUUCAGAACACAGUAGAAGUCCGACUCGACUUACCAAAUAAUAUUAGACGCUGGAAAGACUGCAGUACCUUCAAGUCUAGCACAGUUAGCAAGAAUACGUUUUAGAAAAUAUUUCAUCUAUAAUUAAAGCAUCUGUUGGACCAAAUUAAACAGGUUAGUUAGUCGGACAGCGAAAAUAAAGUUUUCAAUACGACUUUUGGGCACCCCCGGCGGUCAUCAGAGAAGCUUGGAAUCUUUUCAUGCAGACGUUUAACCAACACUGAGGCUUUAAAGCAAGCAGCUGCGAUUAUGUUAGCCAGGACAGCGGUGAGCAGAGGCCUCACUGCCCGACGCCUCUGCAAGAACGUCACCUUGUACCUGAAUGAAUUAACAUCUCCAGGCGGAAGGAUCCAGAGCCAGACCCCUGAUGACCAAAAACCCCUCAUGCUGAUGCUGCCUUGGCUGGGAUCACGACCCCAGGCUGUGGCCAAAUACUGUGAAAUCUACUUCCGCUCAGGUUUUGAUGUGCUUGUGGUGGAAAGUGAGGUAAAAGACUUCCUGUGGCCCCGCUGGGGUUUGGACCGUGGAAAAAAAUUGCUGGAGUUGCUCCAGAGUGAACCCCUGAAGUCCCGUCCCCUCCUCAUUCAUGCCUUCUCCAUUGGGGGCUACACGUUCGCUCAGCUGCUUGUCCACAUCUCCCAGGACCAACAGCAGUACCAGGCAGUGACAAACAGGAUCAAAGGUCAAGUCUAUGACAGCUUGGUGAUAGGCUCACUGGAGCACAUGGCCACCGGUCUUGGCAAAAUGAUAUUUCCUCGUUGGGAAAGUCUGAUAAAACAAGCCAGCAUGCUAUAUUUUAGCAUUUUUAAACGCCAGACAGUGGACUACUUUAAUUCAGGCAUCGACAUAUUUUAUAACACUCCAGUCCAAGCUCCGGCACUGGUCUUCUUCUGUGAGAAUGACUCGCUGAGUGAUGCACCAAGUGUGGAGAAAUUGAUGGAUUUCUGGCAGAAGCGUGGGAUGGACAUAACGGCAAAGAAGUGGAAGGUGUCAACACAUGCUGGUCAUUUACGGAGACAUCCACAGGAAUAUCUGAGCACCUUAGAGACGUUCCUUCAUUCACUCCAGAUCGCCCCACUGAAGGCCAAGAUGUGAGAUGGUUUUCUGACGGGCCAAAUUCAAACUACCUCAACGUUGUUUUUCCUGUGGUGGGUUACUUUAGCAGUUGUGGAUUUGGAAACAAUUUAAUGUGCAUAUUAGUUACUUUAUUACUUGAUUUUAGUGACAGCACAGAUGUCUUAAACAUCAAGUUGUAAAACAGGAGGCAGUUGUUUUCCUCCGCUCUGGAACAAUGGCUUUCAUGUUUGCUGGUAUUUUUCCACGUAAUAUGAAGAAGAUAAAAUAAAUAAAUAAAGAUAACAAAAUAAUUGCCUUUA